AUGGUGAACAAGGUGCAACUGGUCUACAUGAUCAUCGAUGGCCUCUUCCUGCUUAUGGGUAUCUUCAUCCUGACUUUCUCCGUCGUGGUUGGGAACAUCCGGAAUGAGGUGCCUACCGAUGGGAGACAGGCGGCGAGGAAUCUCUUGUACCAGAGGUUUCCCUUGGAAGCGGGAAUUGCAAACUCCGUCUUUGUCUUCAUCACCUUCAUCUCGACCCUCCCCGGAUUAGCGACACACUCGCGACGCUGGCUCAAGCUCGGCGGCUACCUCACCGUCAUCUGCGCCAUAUUCAGCAUGGUUGUCGGCUUGUUCCUGUGGAUCCUGACGCUGAAGACGCGCAAAGAUUUCGAGCCGCUCUUCACUUCGCAGCCCGACGAGGUCAAGAGCCUCAUGCAGACGGCAUUUGAAUGCUGCGGCUACAUCAACAGCGAGACCUUCCCCUUCUUCGUCACCGACACCACCUGCCCCAGCAAGGCGGCCGCCGCCCUCAUGCGCGGGUGCGCCGCACCCAUCACGUCGUUCGCCAACGUCUUCAUCGACAACAUUUUUACCGCCCUGUUUGGCAUCGUCGGCAUCGACGUCAUCUUCAUUAUGGCCACGGCCUGCCUGUUGAAGGAGCGCAAGGAGAAGGAGCGGUUCCGGCAUAUCGACGAAAAGAGCGGCGCUGGGCGGAUCUGA